GCGUGCUGACGUCUCCGGAGCACGAGCGCCUGCUCGCUGCCCCUCACGCGGAGGGAGGGGGGGGGGCGGCGGCGGCGCAGAGCAGUCUCUAAUCGCCAGGCAGAGAGAGAGAAAGGCAGACGACGGCCGGCAGGAGGAGGAGGUGGCAGAGGAGGAGGCGGGAGCAGAGUGGCGACGGCAACGACGCUGCUUCUUCGGCUUCAACCGCCUGCGGAGGGAUCAGGCACAGCGGGGAGGCGACUCCCGUGAGGGAGUGGGACGCUGGCAUUGCCCAUGUCCAGAAAGCAGCAUGCAAGAAGAAUAAGUUGUUAACUGGGAAACAAGGCACUCAGCUCUGAUUAGAUACAUAUAAAGAUGGUUUAAUUUUGCAAUAUGUUCCAAGAAGAGUGAUAAGAAGAAAAAAAGAAGGAUGGCCGGUUGCGGUGAGAUCGAUCACUCAAUCAACAUGCUUCCCACAAACAAGAAGACAAAUGAAUCAUGUUCCGGUGCAGCACCAUCUCUCAUGGUCCCUGAAUGUGCUAUCUGUCUGCAAACAUGUGUCCACCCUGUGAGUCUGCCUUGUAAACAUGUCUUCUGUUAUCUGUGUGUGAAAGGAGCUUCCUGGCUGGGAAAGAGAUGUGCACUCUGUCGUCAGGAGAUCCCGGAGGACUUUCUUGAUAAGCCAACCUUACUGUCACCUGAGGAACUCAAAGCAGCCAGUAGAGGCAAUGGGGAUUAUGCCUGGUACUAUGAAGGCAGAAAUGGAUGGUGGCAGUAUGAUGAACGUACCAGUAGGGAGCUGGAAGAUGCCUUUUCCAAAGGUAAAAAGAGCACUGAAAUGUUAAUUGCUGGGUUCUUGUAUGUGGCAGAUCUUGAGAACAUGGUUCAGUAUAGGCGAAAUGAGCAUGGACGUCGCAGGAAAAUAAAACGGGACAUAAUAGAUAUUCCAAAGAAGGGAGUGGCUGGGCUUAGGUUGGACUGUGACUCUAAUGCUAUCAAUCUAGCAAGAGAGAGCUCUGCUGAUGGUGCAGACAGCACACCAGCUCUAGGAGCUGCUGCUGGGCAGCCUCUAGCAACUGCUUCUGUUAGACCCCUUCCUUCACUAGAUGGUCAACCGACAAGCCCUGCAACGCCAUCACCUGAUGCAAGCACUCUAGAGAACUCUUUUGCCAACUUGCAAAUAAAUGGAGACAGUAUGGUUGAAAGGAGCCAUAGGGGUGAGGGAGAGGAAGACCAUGAAUCAUCGUCUUCUGGUAGGGUGCCAGUUCUUGACACCUCCAUUGAGGAAACAGAAUCGGAUGCUAGCAGCGAUAGUGAGGAUGUGUCUGCCCAACUUCAGUUGCCAGUAUCCUCUGCUCAGCAGAGACAUCUGAAUGCAAGUCAGCCAGCCUUGGAUAGACCAGUGGUGGGGAGUGGGGUGGGAAGCACCAGUGUAAGGUCUAGAAGGCCUGAUGGACAGUGCACAGUAACUGAAGUUUAAAUCUAGAGCCAUGUUUUGAAAACUCAGUCUUGUAUAUGUACAUUUUGUCUGUAUUGGCAUUGCAUUCCAGCCUAGCAAUGUAUUCAAAGUGUUUCAGGGUGGGAGGAGGGGAAAGGGAAAACCAAGCCUGGUCCUUGAACUUGUAAGAAAAUCUCUUAAUAUGUCUUGGCUGGAAGAUUCAAUGUUUGAAGAAAAACAAACAAAUCCUGGGGUGUGUUAAUGGUUUGACAGCUACUUAGCAAUACCCAGUUUCGUAAAUGUCUCACGUUUUAUUUUGUAGUAUAUGCUCAUCCCCAGUAAAACCCUGUCCCCCUUUUUGACCAGUGUAUAUUCACUGUACAACUUGGAAAUGUCAUCAUUCUUCAUUGCAUUAAGUAUCUUUACUAUCUUCAUGGAUUGAUGUAUGGAAGGAAAACUAAAGCGAACUGGAAAUGAACAAGAAUUGGGGGUAUGAACCAGAUGCUUAAUUUUAACAUAAAGUAGGUGUGACUUCUAAAGUUCAGAUGUUUUACUAAACAAAGAGCAAUCAUCUUCCUGAAUGAAAUGUAAAAUAACUUCUGUUGCAGAGUUUUACUUGUAAACACUUCAUGGUGUCUUCAUUGGCUCUUCCGUCUAGUCCCUGUAGCUUGUUUGUUUUCUUGUUCCGUCUGGUUUUUGUUACAAAAUUUAUAAUUUAAUAAACUACAUUUUAUCAACCA